AGAAGUCUCAGCACAUUUUCGGCACUCACUCAGAACACGUUGUUUGGAAGGGAGUCCUUCUCUUCGAGACUUAAAGGAGUUAAUAGCCCGCGAGUUAAUUAUGCAUGUGACACGCGCCAACGGGUGAUAAUUGUAAUUGGUGGUAAUUGUGGUUUGGAAGUCGCAAUGGAGUUUGUACUGCAAAUCUUACUACUAAUUCUGUUGUCAUGGCAACACGCCAUUGGCCACGACUGCAAGGACUACUUAUACUUUAUGCGAAACUUUCAGCUGCAAGGAAACGUCAUCGAGACUAAGCAAACUACCAAAUACGCUUGUCGACAGAGUUGUCAUAGCCACAAGGAUUGCUUUUCUAUCAACUACAAGGAAAAAGAGUAUCGAUGCGAGCUGAACGCAGCGACACACUUGUCACAUCCCCAAAUGUUAAGACCAGAAGCCAACGCAUUUUACGCGUUGAUUAAAACACCAAACCGCUGCAGUAACAAGCAUUGUUCGAGUGAGAAAAGAUGCGCUUUGGUAGGAAACAAGGUGGCAUAUCAGUGCAGUGAAGAUUGCCCGGAAAAGGCUCUUGGUAUGGAAUCAGGAGCUAUUGGAGACUCAGCGAUAACUGCCUCAAGUAUUAAUCCUGACCUGGGUUAUGUGCCGCGGUAUGCUCGCCUUAAUGCGCCAUCAUCUGCUAAUAAUGGAUGGAUAGCUGGGCCCAGAGCUGCAGGAGAGUAUCUUCAAGUUGACCUUGGACGUGUAGUAGCAGUCACCAAGGUUGCCACUCAAGGAAGACGGAACUCACCCAUGUGGAUGAAAACUUAUAACAUCGGCUACAGCACUGAUCUCUCCACCUGGCACGUCUACCGUGAGGGAGGAAACGCCCAGUCACCUCAUAAGAUAAAAAUACUUAUAAGAAGUCUCAGCACAUUUUCGGCACUCACUCAGAACACGUCGUUUGGAAGGGAAUCCUUCUCUUCGAGACUUGAAGAUUUUGAUGUCGCAAUGGAGUUUGUACUGCAACUCUUAUUAGUUAUUCUUCUGUCAUGGCAACACGCCAUUGGCCACGACUGCAAGGACUACUUAUACUUGAUGCGAAGCUUUCAGCUGCAAGGAAACGUCAUCGAAACUAACCAGACUACCAAAUACGGUUGUCGACAGAGUUGUCAUAGCCACAAGGAUUGCUUAUCUAUCAACUACAAGGAAAAAGAGUAUCGAUGCGAGCUGAACGCAGCGACACACUUGUCACAUCCCCAAAUGUUAAGACCAGAAGACAACGCAUUUUACGCGUUGAUUAAAACACCAAACCGCUGCAGUAACAAGCAUUGUUCUAGUGAGAAAAGAUGCGCUCUGGUAGGAAACAAGGUGGCAUAUCAGUGCAGUAAAGAUUGCCCGGAAAAGGCUCUAGGUAUGGAAUCGGGAGCUAUUGGAGACUCAGCGAUAACUGCCUCAAGUAUUAUUCCUGACCUGGAUUAUGUGCCUCGGUAUGCUCGCCUUAAUGCGCCAUCAUCUGCUAAUAAUGGAUGGAUAGCUGGGCCCGCAGCUGCAGGAGAGUACCUUCAAGUUGACCUUGGACGUGUAGUAGCAGUCACCAAGGUUGCCACUCAAGGAAGACGGAACUCACCCAUGUGGAUGAAAACUUAUAACAUCGGCUACAGCACUGAUCUCUCCACCUGGCACGUCUACCGUGAGGGAGGAAACGCCCAGUCACCUCAUAAGAUAAAAAUACUUAUAAGAAGUCUCAGCACAUUUUCGGCACUCACUCAGAACACGUCGUUUGGAAGGGAAUCCUUCUCUUCGAGACUUGAAGGUCUUCCCGAGUUUCUCCUCAAGAUUCGCAAGUCCUACUUGACCGCUUAUCCCUUUGUAACUCUCUACAUAUCUGGGAUGACGUACAACGAGAGGAGACAGGCCUACAGGCCCUUCAACCCUACGCCUGACAAGCUCAAGUCAAUAACGGACUCCUCGCUGGCACUAGCUCAAGAAUUGCGACAAAUACAAGUGAACAAGAGGAGGCUGAAACGCCGAGAGCGGAAGAUAUUUGCACAGGCAGAAUACUUCUUGGAUUUCCACUACGGCAGCCCAUUCCUGGACAAUUAUUACUCAGGUGCCUGGAUGCUCGGCCCAGGCAGUGAUUGCGGACGAGAAGGCAUCUCCUAUGCCAAGGUCCAACUGGCUACACUUCUCGUCUACUUCACACCCCAGUCCCCUGCGGACCUGGAGGCUGUCAUCCGCUCGAUCCAGGCCGACGGCCGAGGGAUAACACAGUAUGAGAAGAAUGUGCGAAGAGGAGUGGUCGCCGGCAUGGUGCGGUCAGCGGCUGAAUGUCGUGCAGGAUAUGAUUGUUUGUCUGCAACUUACCCUGAAGUCGCGGAAAGAUUCUCCGCCGAAGAUAUACUAGGAUGGAUCGAACCCGGGAAUUACAUCAUGAACACCACAGCAUUUUUUCGCGCGUUUCAGCCCAAUAGCAGUAACGCACUCUCUUGGAUAGCAAAACACGGCGAAACACACAUGGAAUCCUUCAAGAAGUCCAUCGUAGAGCACAUUGGAAAACCUUUAGUGCUGUUAUUGCGUUACCUACGUGACUCGCAUUCGCUGUAUUGCGCACCAAAUGACGUCAUCACAGGGAUGUCGAGUUUGCCAUUGGAUUAUGUGUAUUUUGAGGGAAGGCGGACCGGACGAAAGACGCGAAAGAUUUUGCCUGGUGGGGAGAUUGUUCGGGGUGCAGAUGCCUACGACAAUGUCCUGGCGUACUUUACUACAUUGCCUUAUACGGCCGAGGAAGUCUACCAAAUGGGCUGGCGGAUGGUGAAAUCUUUUUACGCUGAGGCGGUCCAAGUCGCACGAAACAUCACCGGCCUCGAGAGAGAAGAUGAGGUGGUUAAAGCUUUUAUCAAGCAUAUAAACCAACCGGAGAUGUUCCUGAAUCAAGAGCCAUUUCCGGCCAACGAGUCUGAUGAGAGAGCUCACAAAAUAUGCAACAAUAUUUAUGACGCCCAAAGAUUUUGCCCCAAGCGCUACGAGACCAUGCUAAAGUGGAUAAAAGUGGCGAAAGACAGCAUCGAUUACAUUAAUCCCAAACUAAAACCCCUAUUUCACCACGACGGCCCCAUGAAGACCACCCCCUCGUGCCCCGUGUCCCUCGCGAUCAGCUUCAACCCCGCGCAAGGGGUGCAAAGUUAUGCGCCGAGCCAAUCCUGGUGCCCAAGACCGGCGUAUUAUUAUAUCCCUUUCUUCGUGGACCGCAUGGGCCCGCCAUACGCCGAGUGGGCGGUCAGCGCUCAUGAGGCCAGGCCUGGUCACCAUUUACAGAUACAAGGAUUUAUAGAGAACUUCAGGGACCUGUGUGCUUUAUCGCUUGACCAACUUGAAGGCCAGCAAUACACCGCCUUUUCCGAGGGCUGGGGGAUGUUUGCCGAAAACCCUAUCACAACCAUGGACACAGACGUCUUCACGGGACAUCCGUUAGAGUAUUACGGGAUGGUGAAAGCACAGCUAUGGCGCGCCCUUAGGCUUAUCAUAGACCCAGGCCUCCACUACAAAGGCAUGUCACGUGACGAGGCCAAAUCUCUGUUCUCAAAAUAUCUCUGGGACGACAGCGACGUUGUCGACAAGGAAAUCACUCGUUACCAGUCCUGGCCGGGACAAGCUGCCACCUACAUGACGGGCCAACUUGCAUUCUGGGAAAUACGGAAGGAGGCAAAGGCGAGGCUUGGAGAUAAGUUCAAUAUGAAGGACUUCCACUAUCACUUGCUAUCGCAAGGCGAGGUACCUAUGACGUAUGUUAAAGAGUAUAUGCAGCACUACAUGGACUGUGUACUUGACCCCUCGGGGGAGGGGUGUGGGGAUAUUUUAGACGCCCCGACUUGGCCCAAGACAAACACGGCGGCGCUGCGAAGGGAAAACGCUGAGAUGGAACUAAAAAAGAUAUGGGAAAUGAAAAAGGCUUUGACAAACAAGAACGUCCACCACAAUAAAAAAUGGUAGAACUUAGAUAUAAGUAGAAAAGAAAAAAACUGAGAUAGGAAUUGGUUAACUAGCGCCAGCAUGCUCUUUUGAACGACUUGGACAGCAUUAAAGUAACCGGCAACCAAAGCCCCCUGAGUACUACCCCCUGAGUAGCAUGAUUAAUGAUGAGGAUAAGGUUGACGGUUAUCGUAAUACAUCACGGUGUACAUACAGUUUAUAGAGGGGACACAGAGGGCCAUGCUCACAUCUUUCCGAUGGAUGACCAAUCAUAUUCCACUUGAAAGCAUCUCACAGCGACUCACCCAAUCAUGUAACAAAGCUCCCCGCGCUCGCUCGGCCAGCAUUCAACGUUUCUUAUUGACCAAAUAAUUUUUAAAUGGCGAAAGUUGUUUGUUAUGGUCCGCUUUUUGGGGUCCACAUUGUAAUGCUGUGCUUGUUGAAUAGCGCUAGGGUGAUGAUAAAAAUAAUGACGAUGAUGACGAUGGUGGUAACGAUGAUGUUGAUAGCGAUGAUGGUCAUGACGACAACGAUAACGAUGAUGAUGGUAAUGAUGAUGAUUAUGGUGACGAUGAUGUUGAUGAUGAUGAUCACGUUGAUAAUGAUGAUUGUCAUGAUGAUAACGACGACGGUGUCGAUGAUGAUGAUGAUGGUCAUGACGACAACGGUGACGAUGAUGAUGAUGGUAAUGAUGUUGAUGAUUAUGGUGGUGACGAUGGCGACGAUGACUUGGAAUUAUAGUGAUAAAAUGACGACUGCUAUAUGAUAACGGUGGAAAGAUUUUGUUAAUAAGAAUGAAGACCUAAGGUUCUGAUGACAUUAGGAUGUUGGUCAUAGCAACGUAGAUGACGACAUUACCAUAUUUAAGUAUUAAUUAUAACGGCAUGUCUUCCUGCUCAUUAUUUUAACAUGAUGUCGUGCAUUUUAGGUAUUCUAAACACAUCUCGGAGUUAUUUCUUUUCUAUCGAAUAGCCGCAGAUCACGGCGAAGGCGCUUAUCUCCGAAUUCAUCUGGUGGCAAUAGAAUCAUUUUUCUAAAAAACAAAUUGAUUUGGAUGGAUAAAAUUCGUUUGAAAACCACAUAAUAACCAGAAUUAAAACACCUGCUUCAUCCCAUUACUGCAUCAUGUUGGAUUCCCAUUAUCCUAUAUGAAUGUAGGCUAAACCAAUGCCAUUGGGAAACUUAUUGCAAAUGUUCUUUUUAUGAAAUAACACAAGAAAAAAACUAAUGCUUUAUCUGUUUAUUCUGUCGUCGAACAGAAAACCUAUUGCUGAUUUGAAUUCUUCUUGCACGGCUGUAAUUUUUGAAAAUUUUAAAGUUGUCAUAUCUUAAUUUGAGUGUUAGCAUUUUUAAUAAACGUUUUUUCUGGUGGUA